AUGCCAAGUACUGUGGAGGCAACAUAUAUGAUCUUGAUUGCUGGUGAACUGACUGUAAAAAUUUGAGCAAAUGGAUUUUUUGUACUGGUUAACUGCACUGGCUGGCCCAAAAGGAAAGAUAGUUCCUUGAUCGACAUCAUCCUGGUCAAAGCUAUCUCCAGAAUCUGUUUGUUGUGUGUGAUAUUUUUAGAUGGCUUUCUCAUACUGCUCUCUCCAGAUACAUAUGCCCAUGGUGAGCUAAUGAACAUUUUGGAUAUUUUACAGAUGCUUAGCAAUCAUUCAAAUAUCUGGUUUACCUCUUGCAUCAGCAUCUUCUAUUUACUCAGGAUAGUGGAUAGAGCACAUUCAUUUUUCCUCUGGAUGAAGCUAAAGAUCAACAAGGUCAUCCUUGAGAUUCUUCUAUCUCUCAUCUCUUUAAUUUUUAGUGUUUCAUUGACUGAGGAUUCUUGGUAUCACUUCAAGGUCAAUUAAGAAGAAAAUAUAACUUGGGAAUUCGAAGUGAGUAAAAUCCGAAAUCUUUUCAAACAGAUUACCCUGAAUCGAAUUUGCUUGAUCUCAUUUCUCUUGUUAUUUUGCUUCCCCUUAAGACACUCCAGGCAGAGGAAACUUCAUGCCGCAGAGUGAAACGCCCCCAGCACAGACGCCCACCUGCGGACAGUAAAGGCAGUGAUCACCUUCCUGCUGCUCUUUGUUAUGUACAUUGCAGUCUUUCUUGUCAUAACCUAUAGCUUUCUGAUUCCUCAGAGAAAAUUUGUGGUGAUGUUUGGUAGCAUAAUUACUGUCAUUUUUCCAGCAAGGCAUCCAUUCAUCCUGAUAACAGGGAAUAGUAAGCUGAGGGACGCUUUUCUGGAGGUGCUAAGUUUUGUGAAAGAUUUUCACAAAAGAAGGCAAUCAUUUGUUCUAUUGAGAAUCCUCACUACAAGGGAAAAAAAAAAAACUGAACCUGAAUCCGAUAUUAACAUUACCUAA